CGAGAAAUAGGGCAAUAAGCUGAUAUUUCUUCAUUUUUAUUUUGGGAAAAGUAAAAAGGGGAAGUGAAAAAUAAGAAGACGAUAGAGAGGGAUUCUCACAAGACAUUGAACCAGGCUUCUCUCUCCUCUCCGUGUUAUUUUUGAACUGAGUUAAACUGUUGUGGCUCUGUGAUCUUGGGCUUGGCUGGUGGAGAAGAUGAAUAUGAACCACCGGAACGCUAUUGACUUAGAUCAAGGAUGGGAUUUCAUGCAAAAAGGAAUCACAAAAUUGAAAAACAUUCUAGAAGGAUUACCUGAGCCACAAUUCAAUUCAGAGGACUACAUGAUGCUCUAUACGACCAUAUAUAACAUGUGUACCCAAAAGCCUCCUUAUGAUUAUUCCCAGCAAUUAUAUGACAAGUACCGGGAAUCUUUUGAAGAGUACAUUACAACAACGGUGCUUCCUUCUCUGAGAGAGAAGCAUGAUGAGUUCCUGUUGAGAGAGCUUGUGAAAAGGUGGAUGAAUCAUAAAAUCAUGGUUCGAUGGCUUUCAAGAUUCUUUAAUUACCUUGAUCGGUACUUCAUAGCUAGAAGAUCACUUCCUGCACUCAGAGAAGUUGGGCUGACAUGCUUCCGAGAACUGGUGUACAAGGAGUUAGCUGGCCGAGUAAGGGAUGCUGUUAUUUCUCUGAUUGAUCAAGAGCGUGAAGGGGAGCAGAUAGAUCGAGCUUUAUUAAAGAAUGUGUUGGAUAUUUUUGUUGAAAUUGGAAUGGGUCAGAUGGAUUAUUACGAGAACGACUUUGAAACCUAUUUGUUGAAGGACACAGCUGCAUACUAUUCUCGGAAGGCUUCCAAUUGGAUCCUAGAUGAUUCAUGUCCUGACUACAUGUUGAAAGCUGAGGAGUGCUUGAAACGAGAAAAGGAUAGGGUUGCUCAUUAUCUACAUUCAAGUAGCGAAACAAAGUUGCUUGAGAGAGUGCAAAACGAGCUAUUAUCUGUAUAUGCUGGCCAACUGCUUGAGAAGGAGCACUCAGGUUGCCAUGCUUUACUCAGGGAUGAAAAGGUGGAAGAUUUGUCUAGGAUGUUCAGACUCUUUUCAAAAAUUCCUCGAGGCCUGGAGCCUGUGGCUAAUAUAUUUAAGCAGCAUGUUACGGCUGAAGGUACUGCGCUGGUUAAACAAGCUGAAGAUGCUGCAAGUAACAAGAAGGCAGAAAAGAGAGAUGUCGUCGGAUUACAGGAACAGAUAUUUGUCAGGAAAGUAAUUGAACUCCAUGACAAAUUCAUGGCAUAUGUAAACAAUUGUUUCCAGAAUCAUACACUGUUUCACAAGGCUCUUAAAGAGGCUUUCGAAGUCUUCUGUAACAAGGGUGUCGCUGGAAGUUCUAGUGCAGAACUUCUUGCUACAUUCUGUGAUAACCUUCUUAAAAAGGGUGGAAGUGAAAAGUUGAGCGAUGAUGCAAUAGAGGACACACUGGAAAAGGUGGUAAAGUUGCUUGCUUAUAUUGGCGAUAAGGAUUUAUUUGCUGAAUUCUACAGAAAAAAACUUGCUCGGCGAUUGUUAUUUGACAAAAGUGCUAAUGAUGAGCACGAGAGAAGCAUUCUAACAAAGUUGAAGCAGCAAUGCGGCGGUCAAUUUACUUCAAAAAUGGAGGGCAUGGUCACAGAUCUCACAUUAGCCAGGGAAAAUCAAGCCAACUUUGAGGAAUAUCUCAGCCACUCUUCGACGGAAAACCCUGGGAUUGACUUGACAGUUACCGUACUCACUACUGGUUUCUGGCCUAGUUACAAGUCCUUUGACCUUAACCUUCCAGCCGAGAUGGUCAAGUGCGUCGAAGUUUUCAGAGAUUUCUACCAGACAAAAACAAAGCACAGGAAACUCACUUGGAUUUAUUCAUUGGGUACUUGCAACAUUAAUGGAAAAUUCGAAGCAAAGACCAUAGAACUUAUUGUGACUACCUAUCAGGCUGCUGCCCUAUUGCUGUUCAAUAACUCCGACAAAUAUAGUUAUCAAGAAAUCAUGACGCAAUUGAAUCUAUCCGAUGAUGAUGUCUCCAGGUUGCUUCAUUCCCUUUCAUGUGCCAAAUAUAAGAUUCUGAACAAGGAGCCGAGCACCAAGUCAGUUUCCCCAAAUGAUGUUUUUGAAUUUAAUUCAAAAUUCACUGACAAAAUGAGGAGAAUCAAGAUACCUCUCCCUCCUGUGGAUGAGAAGAAGAAGGUCAUUGAAGAUGUUGACAAGGAUAGACGCUAUGCGAUUGAUGCCUCAAUUGUGCGUAUCAUGAAGAGCAGGAAGACCUUGCUCUAUCAACAUUUGGUCAUGGAGUGCGCUGAUCAACUUGGAAAAAUGUUUAAGCCUGACAUCAAGGCAAUAAAGAAGAGAAUCGAAGAUUUGAUCACUCGUGACUAUCUGGAAAGAGACUCGAGCAAUGCUAACUUAUUCAGAUACUUGGCUUGAAUCAAACCCAACCGGAGACCACCUCUGCUGCCAAACUGCGCCACAAAAGCUGCAGCAUCUAAACCACCCGCUGUAAAUGCUGCCUGCACAAAAGGUCUCCCCUCGAACUUUUUUGAUGAUUCUACUAGGUAGAUGAAGCUGCUCGUCUAGUCUUGUAUAUUUUUUCCUGAAACUAGGUAUGGACAAAGCCAUUUGGUCCUCCGUCAUGGUCGAACCACCCGCCCACCCACCCACCCACCCCUGGUAUGUUUGUUUGCUUUCCUGAACCUACCUUCUUAUUUUGAAGAGUUACUUUGAUUAAAUCUAUUUGCUUUCUCUA